AUGGAAUUUACUUUUAACUCAGAACAUUUUAUGAGACAUCAAGUCUCAAAUUUGUACUCCUCUCCUCAAGAAUUUUUAAAAUCUGUUCACGAAUUAGUGGACCUUCCUCAAAAAGUAAUGAAUUCCCCUCCAAAUUCUUUUCAAGAAUUAAUAGACUCCCCUCAAGAAACAUUAUGUGAUGAAACGUGUGAUGAAAUGCGUGAUGAAAUGCGUGAUGAAAUGUGUGAUGAAAUAUAUAAUGGAACAUAUGAUGAAGUGCAUGAUGAAACAUAUGAUGAAGUGCAUGAUGAAACACAUGAUGAAGUGCAUGAAACCCAUAAAGGACAAGAUUUGGUUGGAAUUAAUGGCGCAUUACCUCACAUUAACAAAGCAAUCGUAUUUGCUAUUGAUGAUAUUUUUCCUAACUGGUCAAUUGCAGAACAUUAUGUUGCUGAAUAUGGCCGUCAAAAAGGAUUUGUACCAAUUAAGAUACGUAAUAAAACUGAUCGUAAUAGAUGUUUAAUAAACCUGUAUUAUAAGUGUAAAUUUAGUAGAACAUAUCAACCAAAGAAAACUAAUAACUUACAAAAUCAACAUAAUAAAGGUUCUAAAAAACUUAACUGUGAUUGGAAAGCUAAUCUGUCGUUUGCAACUGGUGUGGUUCAAAUUACUAGUUUUAAUGAUAACCAUGUUGAGCAUCAACUUUCACCAGAUACCAAAAUUUUUGCUCCUAUAAAUCAUCGAUUCUCUGAUGAUUGUCACGAAGAAAUUCGCCAUUUAACAGUAAAUGGUCAGUGUAACCUGUCAACAAUACGAUCCCUUCUAUCUGUUAAAUACCCCAACCAGCUUUUCUUAACACGUGAUCUUGCAAAUGUUGUGGCUCAGUUACGACGAGAACAUAAUGUAGAAGGAAGUAAAGCAUCACAGCUUUUAAAACAACUUUAUGAAUAUAGAGAAAAGGAUCCUAAUUGGUAUAUUGAACCCUUAGUUGACUCUAUUAGUAAUCAUUUUAUUAAAGAUUUUUAUUUGGCGCGUAAUAGUUUAAGUGAAAGUGUAUUUGAGGCUAGAUUUACAAAUCUUUUGAAUAAUUAUCCGGCUACAUCUUCGUAUCUACAAAAGCUAUUUUUAAGUAAAGAAUCGUGGGCAUGUGCUUAUACAUUUAAAAUUUUUACUAGUGGAAUGCAAUCGACACAGAGAGUUGAAGGACUUAAUAAUCAUAUCAAAACUGCUAUAAAUAGUUCAUCAACUUUAUUUCAAGUAAUGGAAGCAAUAUACCAACGCAUUGAGCGUGAAAGCCUUAGUCAACGUUUUAAUUCGUGGUCUCAGGACCGAAUUAAUUAUAAUGAUAAUCUUGUUUUACAGACUGUUUUUCCACAAGUUGUUCAACAAAUAAAUAAGUAUUUAACACCAAAUUUAGCAACUGAGCAACAAAAGCAGAUAGUUCAAUCAACUAUCUACCGGGCUCAAAUAUUAAAUUCGUGGAAUUCUGAUUUAUUAAAUUUACAAGAUGUUACAUAUGAUGAUGAUUUUAUUGAAAACACAUAUGAUGUUUCGCAAUCAUAUUUAUUGGCUUUAAUUAAAGAAAAUGAAUAUUCUUCUGUUAAAGAAGUUUGGAGAAUUACAUGCUUGAUUUCAACUAAAAUCGAUAAUGUCCAGGAAAAUAGCUUUCAAAAAUCUGUAGACAAGAAGCUUCAAUUUAACAAAUCAAUGAGUCUUGCAAAGAAGGCUAUUAUGUUACAGAAUAGCGAAAAUGAUAAUGAAUUAGAUACUCUCUUGAAAAAUUACAUUGAAAAAAAGACUCUUCAACGUGAAAAAGAAACUAAAGAAAGAGAAAUGAGAAUUCUUAGAGAGAACUAUAGUUCAGAAAACGUUUUAGCCAUAGAAACUGAUGAUAAUCAACUAAUUUCUAUUGAUAAUGUUGCUAAUCUCUUAAAUCAUAUUGGAAAAGGGGUUCCAAAGAAGAAUCAUAUUAAGGGUACACAAGAAGAUCAUACAUCAAAAAAAAAAGCUAAAUCAGGUGCAAGCACAAGACUAUAUGGACUUUGUCAUGAACCUAAUCACUAUAAGAGCACAUGUCCACAAAAAAAAUCCAAUCUAGAAAAGUAG